GUUUCGAGUAUAACAAAAGCAGUCUUGCAGUACUUAUUUCCCGCCUCACUUGCAUCUCCCUUUCUCUCUUUUCCUUUAUCUGCAUCGUCUUCAUUCACCUUUGUCCCCAAUGCCUGAGCACGCACAGCAAGCAACGGCCCCUUCAAAGUCAAAGCAUAGCCAUGCUUCAUCUCAAGCACAACCUGCUCCUCGCAAAGUCAGGUUCAACGUUGGUACACAAUACCAAGUUCUGGAUGUCGUGGGUGAGGGAGCCUAUGGAAUCGUCUGCUCGGCGGUGCACCGACCGAGUGGCCGAAAAGUCGCUAUCAAGAAGAUCGCACCCUUCGAUCAUUCAAUGUUUUGCUUGCGUACACUGAGAGAGCUCAAAUUACUUAAAUUCUUGAGUGAGGCUGGUGUCAGCGAGAACAUUAUCUCGAUUUUGGAUAUCAUUAAGCCACCUUCCAUCGAGGCUUUCAAAGAAGUAUAUUUGAUCCAAGAACUCAUGGAAACUGACAUGCACCGAGUUAUUCGGACACAAGAUCUCUCUGACGACCACGCCCAGUAUUUUAUUUACCAAACUUUGCGCGCACUCAAGGCUCUUCAUUCUGCCGACGUAAUUCACCGUGAUCUCAAACCUUCAAAUCUCCUCCUUAACGCCAACUGUGACCUCAAAGUUUGCGAUUUUGGUCUUGCUCGGUCCGUGAAGACUGCUGAGCCGUCUGGCACAGAGACAGGGUUUAUGACAGAAUACGUAGCAACGCGAUGGUAUCGCGCCCCAGAAAUUAUGUUGACAUUCAAGCAAUACACAAAGGCAAUUGAUGUCUGGUCUGUUGGGUGUAUUCUUGCGGAAAUGCUCUCCGGAAAACCUCUCUUCCCUGGACGCGACUACCAUCACCAGUUGACCCUUAUCCUGGACGUUCUUGGAACACCGACGUUAGACGAAUUCUACGCCAUCACUACCCGAAGAUCGCGAGAUUACAUUCGCGCAUUACCAUUCCGCAAACGCAGGCCUUUCGCACAGCUUUUCCCUAAUGCGAAUCCGCUAGCAGUGGAUUUCCUGACCAAAACUCUGACAUUUGAUCCCAAAAAACGGAUAUCGGUAGAGGAUGCGCUGGCACACCCGUAUCUGGAGGCUUACCAUGAUCCUGAUGAUGAACCUGUAGCACCACCUCUUGAUCCUGAAUUCUUUGAAUUUGACCUGCACAAGGAUGACAUCAGUCGCGAGCAACUGAAGGAACUCCUUUACGAAGAAAUCAUGUCUUUCUGCCCAGCACCCAUCACGUAAAGGAGUGUGAUGUGUUGUACUUUACAGGAAAUUUCUUCGUGCUUCCCACACAACAAAAACCAACUAUUUAAGCGUGAAGGCCGCGUGUUUUCUGUCGUAACUGGUUCUCAUACAGCGUAACCAAUUCAGUCGCUCUUUUCCUUCGGACUUGUAUCUUGUUUCAUUUCAGCAAAUUCAUCAUUUCUCCUGUUACCUACCUUUCCUUUUCAUCGGGCAUUCGCGCUGAAUAUGUUCUGUUUUCUUUUGUCGAUGUAUGCUAUCUGUGGUUGCGAACCUUUCUCAUGCUCUUACCUUCAGCCCUUCAGGACCUAAGUAACUGCCUGGAUUGUGUACUUCUAAGGUUUAUAGAUCCUAGCUCUCGAAUCAGAACGAUAUUUCAUACCACUUCGAAUUUCAAAAUGGAAUUUUAACUUUCAA